UGGUAGCAUUAAUUACUGGCCAGAUCUGAGGGGGUUGGGGUUCUUGGGACACUAAAGGACAUGUUAGUUAUGUUACCAAGAGCUCUCUGCGACGGAUCUUGAUCGGAUUCUCAUACGGAUGUGGGGGCUAUGUCUUGUGUCGUUUAUGGUUUCUAGUUAUGUAACUACUUGUGGGUGUUAGUUGGGUGUUGGUGGAGUGUUGGUGGAUGGUGUUAAUGAUGAGAGUGAUGGAGACAGUUAGUGGACAGGUUAAAGUUAGUUGGUGAUGAUGGUCAAGUCGGCGUAUGGGAAGAGGAUGGCAUGUAAAGAGAUCAAAUGAGUUUCGAAAUGAGAUAUUAGAGAGAUUAGAGUCGAGUCGGAUGUCGGAUGUCGGAAACAAGGCAUGCGUUUCCCAGUCAGUCUAGGUGCUGGCUAUCCCAACUCCACAUUCCAUAUUCCCACAGAUCACUCUCCACAACCAUACAGAACACAACGAUUGGUCCCCAAUCUGGAUAUUUGUGUAGAGUGUCCAGUGAAAAUUACGAUUAACUACAUACUUUUGAGCGAGGAAACCCCCUAAAAAUUAUCAAGUCUUAAUCCUACACAGCAAUGGAGCAGAAGGACCAUCCGGGCCCCGACAAGGAGGUAAAGGAAGCCCAUCCCGAGGAGGAAUUCGGUAGCGAGGAGCACGCUACGGCCAAGUACCUGGCCGACACCUUUGGGGGGGCAAAGAUCUAUGUCGAGGCUGGCCGGGACGAGGCCUACGUCCAGUUGAAGGAGCCGCAGCUCCACCGCUUCAAGCUAUCGGAGCAGACGCAUAACCCCCCGCCGGGGUACGACGAGGAUGCGUUCCAGCCUGCGGAGGCCCAGGACAUCGAGAGGUGGGGCCAGGCCGAGGUCCUGAAGGUGGACCUGGUCGAGAAAAAGGACGAGGAGCAGUUCGGCAAGAUGCAGAGGGAUGCCACCACCGGCGAGAAGUACAUCCUCCUACCCAUAAACGUCGAGUUCCUGAUCGAUCCGGCGAACAUGAGCCUGGAAACGGCCAAGGAGUACCUCAACUCCUGCGCUCAGUUCAAGGAGAUCCUGCUCUCCCCGGAGGAGGACCAUCAAAUGACCCGGCACACCGUCCACAUUACGAACAUCCCGUUGGAGCCCGAGCAGGCUCCGGGAAUGGAUGGGGAAUCGGGUGAGGAACCUCAGGUAUCGAAGAAGGAGCCGGUGGACAACCAAUCGGAGGAGACCCUGAGGGGAUCAGAGGAUGGGAACUACUGGGACUUCCACAUGCACCAGUACUAUGUGCCCAGGUUCAACAUCCCGUUCGAGCUGAACUUUGCAACCGCCGAGGAAAUGAGCCGUGCCGGACAGGUGGCAGGAGGGGACACCGACCGGAAGACCCCGGCCGAGCCAGUGGUGGAUACCAAUGAGUCGGAUGUUUAAAACCAAGUUGUGAGAUCCUCCCCAGAACACUGAUCUAGUUCUGGAGGAACCCACCCCCCCCUUUCGUUUAAAAUUUCAACAGUUAUCUUAUUACGUAAUAAAGUUCUUGACAGUUAAUCCCAAGGGUUU